AUGCUAGCACAGAACCUCACGGCUGCUUUCUCUGAACAACUCCGCGCCGUCAUGAAUAAUGCUCCUACUCAGCAACGAGUAUUAGAAGACAUGGCAGAUCAAAUAAAAAACUUGCGGGCACGAAUCGAACCCCAUCAGGAGAUACCGAAGUCUCAUGAAUCUCAGGAUGGGAACUCGAGGACGUCCCACUCCAGUAGACGCAAUAAGAAGAGGCGGGAGAGAUCUAGAACCUACCCGAGCCUCAGCAAAACAGAUCUGCGGGAUGGCGAAUCUAAAACCGCCUCUCGAGAUGUCCGCACCUUCCUAGAAAGUAAGAAACAAAAGACGUCUGAAAGCGUCCAAUCAUUGGUGGAUAAAAGGAGGGAAGAAAGAAAGCAAGCCCAAGCCGCGGAGUCUAGCCGCCGCAUCACCAUGCCGCGGAAUGAGGCCGGCAAAAGUAGCCUUUCUGGAAAACUUGUACCCAUAAUCUCUCCAUUGGCCCCGGUGAUACUAAAUACCCCCAGUAAUGGGAAGAUAAAGAUUCCAAACAUGGCGGCCUUCGAUGGAACGUCCUGCCCGGAGGAACAUCUGAUGGCCUACAAAAACUUGAUGUUGCUGUAUACCAACGACCCGUUGUUGUGGUGCAAGUUCUUCCCGACUACUCUUACGGGAGUAGCACUGACAUGGUAUACCUCCCUUCCCGGAGGAAGUAUACACAACUUUGCCCAACUGGAAGAGAAGUUCCUGGGCCACUUUAUAGCUUCCAGGAGGCAGGAGAAAUCAAAUUUUCAUCUACUCAGCAUCACGCAAUUAGAAGGAGAAUCCAUAUCAUCCUAUCUAAAAAAGUUUCAUGAGGCGGUGCUGGAGGUAACCGAUUUGGAAGACUAG